AUGCCGAUGAUAAGGCAAUCACAGCAACCUCUUAGCGCCAGGGAAUUUAAUGCGACCUACAGCGAUCAGGUUGUUGCUAUCGUUGAGGGCAUGGAAAUGCAAGACCCAAAGGUCAGCGAAUCAACACCUGACGCUAAGAUAGGCGGCCUAACUAGUCAUCCGAAUUUCAAUCGCAAUACAGUAAAUGCGCGUUCCAAGGGCGUGGAAACAAGCAAAGGGCCCAGGAAUGGGGCGGAAAAUGUAGAGGAAGAGACGGCGGGGGGUAUUUACGAGCACGAGAACAACCAAAGCGAUGACGUGAAGAUGAACGAUACGAGUCUGCCAAAAUUCAGAAACGAGAUGACUAUGGACAACACGAAAACACAUCAAGACUCCGGAGUGGGACGAGGGUAUGAGGGUGUGGCAGAUGGCCAUGUGCACGAGAUGAGAGAUGCGAAGGUCGAUAGUCUGACGCAAGGAUCUGGAGAGAAGACGGUCAACGGGCAGACGCAUCCUGCUGCUGCUGCUGCUGCUGCUGCUGCAACUUCACCUUCCACACCCACCCUCUUCCAGUCCAAACCGUCACAAGCAGCACAAUCCUACCUCGCCUGGCUAUACCAACGCCAAACCCGGUCCCCGACCGCACAGCCUGUCUACCCCGAAUGCAUCGCCAUCGGUAAGCGCCUAGGCCGCCCUCCACACAAAGUGUACGACGAAGUAUUAUAUCACUGGGGUCUCGAAACGGAUAGUAGGCACGGGGAGUGGCACAGACAGAAUAGGUUGAAGGUACUAGGCGAAGAUCCGAGAUUCGAUGAGGAGAGGAUGGGGUUUUGGAACGCGUGGAUGAAGAGGGGAAGAGAGACCUGGAAUAUACCAAUACGCGGAAGAGGCUGAAGC